UGAGCUUUGUACUGUAUCACGCCUCGUCGCUGUUUCGGAGGAACCGAAAGAAGAGAUAUCCCGGCGCGACAAUGGGAAGUGCUUGUUCACAGGGUGUACAUCGUCGCAGGAUAGUCCUGUGGAUGUGUAUUGGAUAUUCCCUCCAGGAAUGGUUGACCGCAUCACAACGCUUCAGGGGAAGAGAGCCGGCCACUUGCCACCUCUCACGGAGUUCUGCAUUGAGACUGACAAUUUAAUCACCGUGCGGACCGACAUCUAUCAGCUGUGGCAUAAGAACGCUUUCAGCGUCGACAUUGAUGAUGGCUGCCGAAUCCGUACCCUCACUGAAGAAGCCACGAAAGUUGGCUUACCUGAUCAUCUCGCAUCAGUACCAAAUAGCUCUGCAUCGGAGUUCUUCCGCGAACACUUCCGUCAUACCCUGUGCGUCAAGUUCCUCGGUGGUCGUAUCACCGUGGACCCGAUGUCAAUCAGAGAGCUUUUCGUCGACCAUGGCCUUGACGAGGAGGGGACUAUCGACGACUUUGACCCCUCGCACAAGGUGUUUCAAACGCCCAUCGGGCGGGAGGUUCUGGAGUAUGAGGCGAGGAAAAGAUUGGAACGCGUAACUAUGGAGAGAGACAACCCACGCGCAUGGCGCGAUGAAGAUAGUUGAACGUAUCACACGCACAGUAUGUUGUAGUUCGACGUGUUUCAAUGGAACCCAAUGCCCGAUA